GGAAGCGGUGCUUCCUCCUCCGAGCACGGUGCAGCGCCGUCCAAUUAGUCCUUCCGCCCCUGACUCCGCUGCGCCGCGGCGAGCGAGGGGGCGAGCGGAAAGUGCGCGAUGCGGCCGGCGGGAGCAGCGGCUGUCGCGGGGUCGCCGGCGCGGGACAUGUCGCUGUGCGGGGAGCUGCUGCAGGCCCCGCCGCCCCUGGCCUCGCAGCUGCCGGCGGCCGCGCCCUCGGGGCCGCCGCUCUCCUCAGCAGCCGGCGCGACCCUCAACCGCCUUCCGGAGCCGCUGCUGCGGAGGCUCGGCCGGAGCUUGGACCAAGCGCCCGAGGGCCGGGGAUGGAGGAGGCUGGCCGAGGUGGCGGGGAGUCGGGGGCGCCUCAGGCUCAGUUGCCUAGACCUGGAGCAGUGCUGUCUUAAGGUCCUGGAGCCUGAAGGCAGCCCAAGCCUGUGUUUACUGAAGCUGCUGGGUGAGAAGGGCUGCACGGUCGUGGAGCUGAGCGACUUCCUGCAGACCAUGGAGCACACUGAGGUCCUUCAGCUCCUCAGCCCCCCAGGAAUAAAGAUCACUGUAAACCCAGAAUCCAAGGCAGUCUUGGCUGGACAGUUUGUGAAGCUGUGUUGCCGGGCAACUGGGCAUCCUUUUGUACAAUAUCAAUGGUUCAAAAUGAAUAAAGAGAUUCCGAACGGAAAUGCAUCAGAACUUAUUUUUAACACAGUGCAUAUAAAAGAUGCAGGCUUUUAUGUCUGUCGAGUUAAUAAUAAUUUCACCUUUGAAUUUAGCCAGUGGUCACAGCUGGAUGUUUGUGAUGUCACAGAAGUAACAGAAAGCUUCCAGAGAAGUUUGGAUGGCGUCUCUGACUCUAAGUUGCAAAUCUGUAUUGAACCAAAGUCCCAAAAGCUGAUGCCUGGCAGCACGUUGAUCCUACAGUGUGUUGCUGUUGGAAGCCCCAUUCCUCACUACCAGUGGUUCAAAAAUGAAUCACCAUUAACACAUGAGACAAAAAAGCUAUACAUGGUGCCUUAUGUGGAUUUGGAGCAUCAAGGAACCUAUUGGUGUCGUGUAUAUAAUGAUCGAGACAGUCAACACAGCAAGAAAGUAGAAGUCAUCGUAGGAAGAACAGAGGAGGCAAUGGAGUGCACUGAAGAUGAAUUAAAUAAUCUCGGGCAUCCCGAUAAUAAAGAGCAAACAGUUGACCACCAGCCUUUGGCAAAGGACAAGGUUGCUCUUUUGAUAGGAAAUAUGAAUUACUGGCAGCACCCCAAGCUUAAAGCUCCUUUGGUGGAUGUGUAUGAACUGACCAACUUGUUAAGACAGCUAGAUUUCAAAGUCGUUUCACUGCUGGAUCUUACCGAAUACGAGAUGCGUAAUGCCGUGGAUGAAUUUUUACUGCUUUUAGACAAAGGAGUCUAUGGACUAUUAUAUUAUGCAGGACACGGUUAUGAAAACUUCGGGAACAGCUUUAUGGUCCCUGUUGAUGCCCCAAAUCCAUAUAGGUCUGAAAAUUGCCUGUGUGUACAAAAUAUACUGAAAUUGAUGCAAGAAAAAGAAACCGGACUCAACGUGUUCCUGUUGGACAUGUGCAGGAAAAGAAAUGACUACGAUGAUACCAUCCCAAUCUUGGAUGCACUAAAAGUCACUGCCAAUAUUGUGUUUGGAUAUGCCACGUGUCAAGGAGCAGAAGCCUUUGAAAUACAGCAUUCUGGGUUGGCAAAUGGAAUCUUCAUGAAAUUUUUAAAAGAUAGAUUAUUAGAAGAAAAGAAAAUAACUGUGUUACUGGAUGAAGUUGCAGAAGAUAUGGGUAAAUGUCACCUUACCAAAGGCAAACAGGCUCUAGAGAUUCGAAGUAGCUUAUCUGAAAAGAGAGCACUUACCGACCCAAUACAGGGAACAGCACAUUCUGCAGAAUCUCUGGUGCGGAAUCUCCAGUGGGCCAAGGCACAUGAACUUCCAGAAAGUAUGUGUCUUAAAUUUCAAUGUGGCGUUCACAUUCAAUUAGGAUUUGCAGCUGAGUUCUCCAACGUCAUGAUAAUCUAUACAAGUAUAGUCCACAGACCACCUGAUAUAUUAACGUGUGAUGCCUAUGUUACCGAUUUUCCACUUGACCUAGAUAUUGAUCCAAAAGAUGCAAAUAAAGGGACGCCCGAAGAAACUGGCAGCUAUUUAGUAUCAAAGGAUCUCCCCAAGCAUUGCCUCUAUACUAGACUCAGCUCACUGCAAAAAUUAAAGGAACAUCUAGUCUUCACAGUGUGUUUAUCAUAUCAGUACUCAGGAUUGGAAGAUACCGUAGAGGAAAAACAGGAAGUGAAUGUCGGAAAACCUCUCAUUGCUAAACUAGACAUUCACCGAGGCUCCGGACGGAAGACCUGCUUCCAAACUUGUGUUAUGUGUAACAGCCCUUACCAGAGCUCAGCAGCCUUGUCCGUGGGAGCCGGCCAUUAUCAUCCAUCUCAAGACUCGUUCUGUGGUGUUUACCGUUCACAUCUUAGUAACUCCAGUAAUGUGAUGCUGUCAGAUAGCUGUCGUUGCAGCCGGACUGCAGAUGCAUUUAUUUCAAGUCAUCAUACCCACCAUUAUUCAUGUCAGUUUGGCAGAAGCAAUGUGCCAGUAGAGACAACUGAUGAAAUACCAUUCAGUUUCUCUGAUGGGCUCAGAAUUUCUGAAAAGUGACCUUUCUGUUUUUGAAAGUUAUCAUAAUUAAUAGAUGUCUCAUCCAACAGUACUUAACAUAAAGUGAGGUAUUGGGGAAAAGCAAAUAUAUAUACAUGUGGAAAGAAAAAAAAUAGUAACAGCUGUUUCAUGGCAAACUCAGGACUUUGAGAUGCUGGAAUUAUAUUAUUUAACUACGAACUUCCUCUUUUAAGAUUCUGUGAACUGGUUGAUUUGUUCUGUAAGUAUGAAGUACGGAUGUGUAUAUGUUUAUGUGUAUAUAACAAAAAUGUUUUCAUUUUGACCAGUCUGAGGUAAGAACAGUGGAAAUGGCAUUACUGUGGAUUAAGUCAUUGCAUUUUUAGAGCCAGAAAAUGUACCGUGGUGAUCAUCAGGCUUAGCUUAAUUUUAUCAGUGGGAGAAACGGAUUGAGGCAUCUUGUUUAAGUUAGAGCUGAGACAUCCAGGCUUCCAUUCCAGUGUUUGUUCCACUACACACUGCCUUCCUGACAGGUUCUGAGACAGGUAGUAUUUUGGUAGAUAGAUUUAAAGAUAUAUAAAUAUGGAUAUCUGUAUAUAAUCUAGAAAUGUAUGAACUUUAGUUUGUGAUUAUAGGACUUUGCUGCAAACGCCAGUUAAGAGGUUUGUAUAUAAAUCUUAUGUAUAACAGGCUGAAAUUUCUUCAGGUCAUGAAAGCACGUGAGAAGUGACAAGAUGUUUGUCUAUGUUAAAGCCCUAGACAGCAGGAUAAUUUUGCUACUGGAUGACCUUGGCAGCUGUUUACCUGAAUCUUACAAAUAUUGGACAUGUCUUCCUUAAUAAGGUGUAUUUUCUCAUUUUACUGGCCUUAGGAGACAGUCAUCUUUGGUUCUACCUAAAAACAAGUUUAAAAAGCAGCUGGCAAUAAAAAGGUUGAAUUAGUAAUUUUAAAACACCCCACAAAGAAAAUCCCAGGCCCAGAUGUCUUCACUGCUGUAUUCUACCAGACAUUUUUUAAAGAAGUAGCACCAAUCCUUUGCAAACUUUUUCCAAAAAUAGGAGAACACUUCCCAACUCAAUCUUUUGAGGCCAGUAUUACCCUAAUACAAAAUCAAAGACAUUGCAAGAAAACUACAGAGCAAUAUCUAUUAUGACUAUAGACACAAAAAAUCAUCAACAAAAUACUAGCAAAAUAUAAAAAGGGUCAUACAACAUGACCAAGUGAAAUUUAUCCCAGGAAUGCAAGGUUGGUUUAACAUCCAAAAUUAAACAAUGUGUAAAUUAUCUCAUUAUUCACAAUAGUUAUAUUGUCACUAUGAAUACUGAAUUAGCGAAUACAGAGCCAUUGCCUCUAGGGGAAAUGUGUGUGUUUUACACAUAUACAUAUCUCAUAUAGACCGUAACCUUAAAUCCUAAAAACAAU